UUCAACCACAAAACACCUCCAAAUUACAAAUCUCUAAUUCCAACCUCCAAACCCUCCCUCGCCACUCCCUCCAACAUGGCUCCAACUUUCAAUCAGUCUACAACCUCUAAUGAUGAAGAAGAGUGUAUGUUUGCCAUGCAACUGGCGAGCGCAUCGGUCCUCCCCAUGGCUUUGAAAGCAGCCAUCGAGCUCGACGUGCUGGAGAUAAUAGCGAAAGGUGGGCCAGGGGCCCACCUUUCACCAUAUGAGAUAGCCUCUCAACUCCCCACACAGAACCCAGAGGCCCCCACCAUGCUUGAUCGUAUCCUUAGGCUCUUGGCUAGCUACUCUGUCCUCACAUGCUCCCUCCUAACGCACGAUGAUGGGCGUGUUGAGAGGCUGUAUGGCCUGGCACCUGUGUGCAAGUUCCUUGUUAAAAACCAAGAUGGAGUGUCCAUAGCUCCUUUGGUGCUCAUGAACCAAGAUAAGGUGCUCAUGGAAAGCUGGUAUCACUUAAAAGAUGCAGUUCUAGAUGGUGGCAUCCCCUUCAACAAAGCCUAUGGAAUGACUGCAUUUGAUUACCAUGGCACAGAUCCCAGGUUCAACAAGGUUUUCAACAGAGGCAUGGCCGAUCAUUCUACCAUAACCAUGAAGAGGAUUCUAGAAACAUACAAGGGAUUUGAAGGGUUGAAGAAGGUGGUUGAUGUGGGUGGUGGGACAGGGGCCAUCCUCAACAUGAUCGUCUCUAAAUAUCCACAUAUCAAGGGUACCAAUUACGAUUUGCCGCAUGUUGUUGCCGAUGCACCCGACUAUCCUGGUGUGACUCAUGUUGGAGGGGAUAUGUUUGCCAGCGUCCCAAGUGGAGAUGCAAUUUUCAUGAAGUGGAUACUCCAUGACUGGAGCGACGAGCACUGUGCGAAGAUUCUGAAGAACUGCUACAAAGCAUUGCCGGACUCUGGGAAAGUGAUAAUCGCCGAGUCAAUUCUUCCAGUGGCCCCAGAGACUAACCUAGCGGCCCAGGGCGUUUUCCAAUUAGACAAUAUCAUGUUAGCCCACAAUCCGGGUGGAAAGGAGAGGAUGGAGAAGGAGUUCGAGGCCUUGGCAAAGGGAGCUGGGUUCGCCAGUUUUAAAGUCAUAUGUUGCACUUAUGGCACUUGGGUCAUGGAGUUCUUGAAGGUGUGAUUUCUAGCUUGGGUACCGUUUGGUUAUUGUCUGUGACUCUGUUGUGCUUUGAGAGGGGUCAUUUUGUAACUUGAAUAAAACUAUGCAUAUGGUUUGUUGAUUUGAGUUCCAUGCA